AUGGCAUUUCAGGGGGGAGUCCGGGAGACGGGAGCGGGGCGUGGGCCUCCGCAGCUAGGCCUGACAGAGGAAGAGGAGGAGCAGUCACCUGAGGUGUUGCUAAGUGUUGUGGUCCAGCAUGGCCAGGUGGGCUUGUGUUUCUAUGACAGCAGAGACUUCACGUUGCACCACAUGGCUGAUACUCCUGAUGGACAUGAUCUCCAUCUACUGGCCAGAGUGAUCCAGGAAGUUAGCCCCCAUGUGAUCAUCACCAGCGCUAAGCAAGAACGCUGCAUGGCCCAGUUCAUGCAAAGACUGGGAUCCAACCCUGACUACAGACCAGAGGUGGUGCUCUAUCCCUCGGUGGACUUUGGUGUAGAGGUCAGCAAGCAGAGGCUGUUGUCUGCCCAACUGCCCUUCCUCCCUGCCUCUGUCUCAGAGAGAGGCAGAGCCUCCUACCUCUCCUCCUGCCUCUCUUUUGAUUCUCUACUCAUGCUGCGGUCAGUGGGGGCCUUGCUGAAGUGUUUAGAUAGGAGGAGAGUGGGGGUGGAGCUGGAGGACAGCAGUGUGGGGGUUCCCAUCUUACAGUUCCUCACCUACACCUUAAAAGACGUGGUGUAUAUCGAUCGUGACACCUACAGUGUUCUGCAGAUCUUCAAGUCUGAGCUGCACCCAUCUGUGUACAAGCUGCAGUCUGGGGUGAAGGAGGGGCUCAGUCUCUACGGGAUACUUAAUCGCUGCAAAUCCAAGUUCGGAUCCAAAAUGCUUCGGCAGUGGUUCCUGAGGCCCAGCCGUGACCUGGCCCUGCUGAACAGGAGACAGACUGUCGUCCGUUUCUUCUCGUCCCCACGGAACUCUGACACGCUGAGGACCCUGCAAGGCUCUCUGAGCAACAUCCGGAACAUCCCGAAUGUGCUGCACAGGAUGUCCCUCUGUCACACCACAGUGUCUGACUGGCAGAGUCUCUACAAGACUGUGUACAGUGCAGUGUGUAUCAGGGACACACUGCGGUCGCUCCCUCAGUCCAUCCAGCUCUUCCAGGAGAUCAGCGAGGGGUUUUCUGACGAUCUCUACUACAUCACAUCCCUCAUCAGCAGAGUGGUUGAUUUUGAGAGCAGUUUGUCAGAAAACCGCUUCACGGUCAAACCCAACGUGGAUCCUGCUAUUGAUGAGAAGAAGAGGAGGAUGAUGGGGUUGUCAGACUUCUUGACGGACGUGGCCCGGAGAGAGCUGGAGCACCUGGAUGCUCGCAUCCCUUCCUGCUGUGUCAUCUACAUUCCCCUGAUAGGGUUUCUGCUGUCAGUCCCCAGGCUGCCCAGCAUGGUGGAGAAAGAGGAUUUCAUGAUUGAGGGCCUUGACUUCAUGUUCCUGUCUGAGGAGCGUCUACACUACCGCAGCCAGAGGACCAAGGAGCUGGACAACCUCCUGGGAGACCUGCACUGUGACAUCCGAGACAUGGAGACGGCGGUGAUGACCCAGCUGCAGAGCAGCGUGCUGGAGAGGAGUGCCUGUCUCUACAAGGUUCUGGACCUGACUGCUGAGCUGGACUGUCUGAUGGCUCUGAGCCACGCCUCCCAGGAGUACGGAUACACUUCCCCCUCUCUGGCCAAUCACAGGAGGAUAGUACUAGCUGAGGCCAGGCACCCCCUGCUGCAGGUGUGCUCUCCUGUGCUUGUGUCCAACUCCUUCCAGAGCUCCAACACACAAGGCAGAGUCAAGGUCAUCACUGGGCCCAACUCUUCUGGCAAGAGCAUGUACCUCAAGCAGGUUGGUCUGAUUGUGUUCAUGGCUCUGAUUGGGUCAGACGUGCCAGCGAGAGAGGCAGAGAUUGGUCUGGUGGAUGGAAUCUUCACCCGCAUGCAGAGCAGAGAGUCCGUGUCUGUAGGCCUCAGCACCUUCAUGAUAGACCUCAAGCAGAUGGCUCAUGCCCUGAACCACAGCACUGGAGAGUCGCUGGUUCUCAUCGACGAGUUUGGGAAAGGAACCAACACGGUGGAUGGUCUGUCCCUUCUAGCGGCGUCCGUCUCUCAUUGGCUGAAGAGGGUUCCUGCCGAGGUUCCUCACAUCCUAUUGGCUACUAACUUCCACAGCCUGCUGCAGCUGGGUCUGCUGCCCUCCUCCAGCCUACUGUCCCUGCUGACCCUGGAGACAACGUUAGAUGGGGAGGAGUUGGUGUUUCUGUACCAGCUGAAGGAGGGGAUCUGUUGUUCCAGCUACGCUGCCAACAUCGCCUCACUGGCAGGCCUGCCCAGCAGCCUGGUGCAGAGAGGAGUGGAGGUGUCUGAACUCUACAGAACAGGGAAGACUAUUAACCGCAUAGAUGGACCAUCUUCAGAGGACCUGGCAAGCAGCUGUGCGCGUGUGGUGGACACAUUCCUGAGUGUGGACCUGGAGGACAGUAGUGUGGACCUGCAGAUCUUCAUGAAGGAGCAGCUUCUGCCCUCUGGUGGUGGUCGGCUGUAG